GUCAAAAGUGAACCCCCUGGAAUUUCUUAAAAAGUGAACCCCCUCGGCAAAUCCUGGCUACGGGCCUGAUACCUUAUAACCAAUAUACCGAUUCCUCCAGUUUUAAAUAUAUUUACCAUUAUACAUCAGGAAUGCAGCACGUAUGAACCUCAUUGUAAGAAGCGUCACAACAAUCUUCAAGUCCAAUGAUACCAGCACUCGUUCCUUCGGGACAAACUGGGUCAUCUAAUACUGGGUCAAUCACACAUGUACCACCGUCAGUCUCACAAUCUGCUAUAGGCAUACCAUCCCAUACAUCAUCACUACACUGUUGGUCUAUAUGGGUAAAUUAUAUUAUAUAUACAGGACAAACUGGGUCAUCUAAUACUGGGUCAACUACACAUGUACCACCGUCAGUCUCACAAUCUGCUAUAGGCAUACCAUCCCAUACAUCAUCACUACACUGUUGGCCUAUAUGGGUAAAUUAUAUUAUAUAUACAGGACAAACUGGGUCAUCU